GCUCAGAGCCGGCGAGGGAUUCCCCCGUCUGGGAGGAGCUGUCUCUACGUCUGUGAAUGUAACGAGGCCGCCCGCCAUCACAGCCCUCCCUUCUUAGUGUCCCGUUAGCCGUUAGCCCUAGAUAGCAUAUCGCUAUUUCCUCUCUCGUAUGGAAUGACCAAACAGGCAGCACACCAUGUCCCCCCCCCCCACCCCACCCCCGUUCCAUACGUUUUCAUAUGGAACGGUCCAUCUUCCUUUCUGCACCGCUGCGCUCCGUCUCUCUGCGCUGGCAUUGGUCAGAGGCAUCGUCCAAUCAGCCGAGAGCUGUGCCUCUCGGUGGCCUCGUAGGCGCCCCCCUGUGGCCAUGCAGAGCGGCUGCAGGCGGUUUGGUCACCGCCUCCUGCUCUCCUCCUGGUGGGACUCAGAGUCGCCAGGCCCGUAUCACAGGUUCUAGCCCCGCCCACCUGGCCCGUAUCACAGGUUCUAGCCCCGCCCACCUGGCCCGUAUCACAGGUUCUAGCCCCGCCCACCUGGCCCGUAUCACAGGUUCUAGCCCCGCCCACCUGGCCCGUAUCAACGGCUCUAGCCCCGCCCACCUGGCCCGUAUCACAGGUUCUAGCCCCGCCCACCUGGCCCGUAUCACAGGUUCUAGCCCCGCCCACCUGGCCCGUAUCACAGGCUCUAGCCCCGCCCACCUGGCCCGUAUCAACGGCUCUAGCCCCGCCCACCUGGCCCGUAUCAACGGCUCUAGCCCCGCCCACCUGGCCCGUAUCACAGGCUCUGGCCCCGCCCACCUGGCCCGUAUCACAGGUUCUGGCCUCACCUACAACCUGUGAUACUGACCAGGCCUCCAGAGGGAAUUAACCAAUCCCGCGGUCCAUCCUGCGUUCAGUCCCUCCCCCAGUCCCGCGGUUAGUCCCGCCCUCACCCAGUCCCGCGGGUAGUCCCGCCCUCCCCCAGGCCUGUGCUCAGCCCCUUGCCCCCCCCCACCCCGCCGCCGGAGCCUUGCCCCCCGCGCCCAGGUGGUCACACCCCUGUCCGUGUCCGACUGGUGUGUAGGUGUUCCGGCCGCGCACGCCCCCCGAGGCCAUCGCGCUGUGCUCGCGGCUGCUGGAGUACACGCCCACGGCCCGCCUCACCCCCCUGGAGGCCUGCGCCCACUCCUUCUUCGACGAGCUGCGGGACCCCAACGUCAAGCUGCCCAACGGCCGCGAGAAGCCCCACCUCUUCAACUUCACCACCCAGGAGCUGUCCAGUAACCCCUCCCUGGCCUCCAUCCUCAUCCCGGCUCACGCACGCAGCCAGCCCUCCGCCUCCACCCCGACCAACGCCUCCGCCAACACGGAUGGUAGCACGGAGCGCGGCCCCAGCAGCACCACCCCCUCCGCCUCCGCCUCCAACGCCACUUCCUGAACUCCGCCCACGCUCCACCUCCGCGCCCCUCCCCCUCCCACGACCCCCACCCCUCCCACCCAGCCUCUGACCCGGACCGCAGCCCCCCCCCCCCCCCAACAUACAGACACACACACACACACACAUAUGCACACACACACGCACCCCUCCGUCUGCAACGUGAUAGGUGGAGGAGGAGGGGUGAGGAGCCAUUUUGUUUCACCCUGACCCCGCCCCUCCUCUCCUCUCCGCCUCCCCGGCAGGAAGUGCCGAUCCACCAGACACGCCCCCCGCGGAGCAGGACGCACUCGGGGUCCCACAGCUGACCCCCAACGGCAAGAGCCCUGACGAAACAAACGCACCCAUACCCCCCCCCCCCCGCCAUGUAGAAGCUAACUACACGAGGCUAACCAUGUGUGUACCAUACACCUGGAGAUGUGCCCCCCCCCAACCCUUGUUUACUGAAUACUAUUCUGGCUGUCUCUCUCUCUAUUGGCUGUCUCUCUCUCUCUACUCUGCCUCUCAUGCCCCCCCCUUGUCCUGUGCACCCCCUCCCCCCCCCCCCCCCCGUGUCCUCUGUAAUGCAUGGCCUGAGUAUGGUUAGGACACCCCCCUCCCUCCCCCCUCUCCCUACUUCCUCCCCUUCCAACUCGCACCCCGAAACAACCCUACUACACUCACUACCAGGUCGCUACACACACACACACACACACACACACACACACACACACACACACACACACACACACACACACACACACACACACACACACACACACACACACACACACACACACACACACACACACACACACACACACACAGCCAAAUAUAUAUACCCUAGGAUAUCACAUACAUGCACACGAUCGCACAUCGACAUACGUGCAGACGCACACAGACGCACCCUACGAUGUGUGUGUGGUUCUGGGGCGAGGUGCACAUGGUGGAAGCCCACCUGCCUGAGAGACUUUGUGUAGAGAGUUUGUGUAUUUUUCUGUGUGUGCACGCAAAUUAUAAUUUUUUGCCCCAGGGUUGUUUUUAAAUGUUAGACCAGUUUUAUUCCUCCUUGUUUUUAUUUUUUUUUUAAUUUUUUUUAUAUCGCUGGGUAGAUUCAUUAUUUCUUUUUGUUUCUGAUUGACAUGUGCGAUUGGAUCCGUUUUUGUGUACUUUAUGAAGUACACAAAUUAAUACACACAUGCAUUUCGCACACACUCACACACACAGGCACACACACACACACACUCACACACACACACACACA